UUACAAGGAGGACGCUUGAGCUUGCUUUUGUUCACUUCUAUUUAUAGUACUGGGCAUUCCUGCUGGAAUUCUAUUCGAAAUCUUCCAAACUCUCGUUCACACUGCAAUAUCAUCAUCUUAUUACAUCUCUCAGCUUGCAAGAAUGGGAACUACUGGGGGAAGUAAAUACGGUGAAUACACAUAUGAGAACCUGGAGAGGGAACAGUACUGGCCUUCCGAAAAGCUUCGGGUUUCCAUAACGGGGGCUGGUGGUUUCAUUGCUUCGCAUAUUGCCAGGCGACUGAAGAGUGAAGGUCACUACAUUAUUGCUUCUGACUGGAAGAAAAAUGAACACAUGACAGGGGACAUGUUUUGUAAUGAGUUCCAUCUUGUUGAUCUGAGGGUGAUGGAUAACUGUUUGAAGGUCACUUCUGGUGUUGACCAUGUGUUCAACCUUGCUGCUGACAUGGGAGGUAUGGGUUUUAUUCAGUCCAACCAUUCCGUCAUUAUGUAUAACAACACAAUGAUCAGCUUUAACAUGCUCGAGGCAGCGAGGAUCAAUGGAGUUAAGAGGUUCUUUUAUGCAUCUAGUGCUUGCAUUUACCCUGAAUUUAAACAGUUGGACACUAGUAAUGUGAGCUUGAAGGAGUCUGAUGCUUGGCCUGCGGAGCCUCAAGAUGCUUAUGGCUUGGAGAAGCUCAUGACUGAAGAAUUAUGCAAGCACUAUAAUAAGGAUUUUGGUAUUGAGUGUCGGAUCGGGCGGUUCCACAAUAUUUAUGGACCCUUUGGAACUUGGAAAGGUGGUAGAGAGAAGGCCCCUGCUGCUUUUUGUCGAAAAACCCUCACUUCCACUGAUAAGUUUGAGAUGUGGGGAGAUGGGCUACAAACGCGGUCUUUCACCUUCAUUGAUGAAUGUGUAGAAGGUGUCCUAAGAUUGACAAAGUCUGACUUCCGGGAGCCGGUAAAUAUUGGAAGUGAUGAGAUGGUUAGCAUGAAUGAGAUGGCUGAGAUAGUCCUAAGCUUUGAGAACCAGAAGCUCCCCAUCCAUCAUAUCCCUGGCCCUGAGGGUGUUCGUGGACGAAACUCAGACAACACUCUGAUUAAGGAGAAGCUUGGCUGGGCCCCUACCAUGAAGUUGAAGGAUGGAUUGAGAAUUACAUACUUUUGGAUUAAGGAACAGUUAGAGAAAGAGAAGGCUCAAGGCAUGAAUUUGUCAGGUUAUGGGUCAUCAAAAGUAGUGGGAACCCAAGCACCUGUUCAACUGGGCUCUCUUAGAGCUGCUGAUGGGAAAGAGUUGCUCUAAACUACCAAUACAUAUAUGAUGAAGAUGACUAUAUAAUUUGCUUACCCAGUAUGUCUGGAUAUGGCAGAUUUUCAUACAUAAAGCAACUGCAUGGAUUUGGUCUUAAUUAUUCUUCAGCUUUUCGAACAGCAGCCAUUUCAUGAAUAUGUAGUAUCUAGGAUAGAAUAAUCUGAUGAAAGUUUUCGAUCAAAUCAUAGGUUUGGAAUGUCAUUAUAUCAAUGACAAUUAGUAGCGAUGAGUGUUUGUUGUCCA